UUUUAUCUUACAAAGUUGAAACCCUAAUUUUCUUCUUAUGUAUUUACCAUCGCCGACGACACUAUUGAUCCACAAAUACUAUUGAUUUUCUCUGUUUCUCAUACCGAUUGCAUAAUAAUCAAGUCAUGUUUGUUGGACCUACAGGCUAUAACAAUAAUAGUAAUAAUCAUCCCAAUAUUAUCUCUCGACUUUCUCCAAUCAUUCAUAGAAAAGAACCCCAUAGAAAUCCUCUCUUUGAGUUCAAUUCUUGAAUAAUUCGUUUGAAUUUUACCUAUUCUUCCUCUGGGGUUGCAAUUUCAAUUUCAAUUGAAAUUGAAAUUGAAAUUGAAAUUUUGACUGUGGGGUUUUUAUUGCAAUCAUUCUUUGACAAGAACUCAAUUGAAAAUUCAAUCCCUUUUGCCUCAAAUUCUUGAUUUUUCCCAACUGGGUUUGCCUCUGUGAGCUCAAUUUUUGCAUCAUUCGUUCGAAUUUUGACUCUGGGGUUGGAAUUGCGAUCAAUAUUUGAGAAGAACCCAAUUGAAAAUUCAAUCGUUUUCCCUUAAAUUCUUAAUUUUCUCCAUCCGGGUUUGUCUCUUUUAGUUCAAUUCUUGCAUAAAUCGUUCGGAUUUUACUUAUUGUGAGAAGAAUGCAGUAGAAAUUUUAAUCCCAUUUUGUCAAAAGUCUUGAUUUUCCCCAACUGGGUUUGUUUCAGUUAGUUCAUUUUUUGCUUUACUUUGUUAGAUUUUUACCUGUUGUGUGAAAAAGUCAGCAAAUUUAGCUUAUUUAAGGUGAAAUAGUAUUACUAAAUAUAUAGUUAUUUGGGUGGAUAAGUUUUUGGGUUUAUUGGAGAAGUGUUGUUAUUAGUUGAGGAGAUAAGAAAUGGGGAAUUCUGAUGUUGAAAAGAUUCGGAACAUAUGUAUACUUGCUCAUGUGGAUCAUGGGAAGACAACAUUGGCUGACCAUUUGAUUGCUGCAUCUGGUGGUGGUGUGCUUCACCCGAAGCAAGCGGGUAAACUUAGGUUUAUGGAUUAUUUAGAUGAGGAGCAGAGGCGAGCGAUAACUAUGAAGAGUUCGUCUAUUGGUCUUGAGUAUAAGGAACAUUCGAUUAAUCUUAUAGACUCUCCUGGUCACAUGGAUUUUUGUAGUGAAGUUUCAACUGCAGCGCGUUUGAGUGAUGGGGCGUUGGUGUUAGUGGAUGCUGUAGAGGGUGUUCACAUUCAGACGCAUGCUGUUUUGCGUCAGGCGUGGAUUGAGAAGCUUACACCGUGUUUGGUUUUGAAUAAGAUUGAUAGAUUGAUUGUUGAAUUGAGAUUGACUCCGCUGGAGGCGUAUACUCGCUUGCAGAGGAUUGUUCAUGAGGUGAAUAGUAUAGUGAGUGCCUACAAGUCUGAAAAGUACUUGUCGGACGUUGAUUCUCUGUUGUCUGCCCCGUCGGGACUUGUGGAAGGUGAAUAUCCAGAUCCAGAGUUCAUAGAGGAGGACGAAGAGGAUACUUUCCAACCCCAGAAGGGGAAUGUCACGUUUGUGUGUGCAUUAGAUGGAUGGGGCUUCAGUAUUAGUGAUUUUGCCGAGUUUUAUGCUUCAAAACUGGGUGCAAGUUCGGCUGCCUUGCAGAAGGCAUUAUGGGGACCUCGGUAUUUUAAUGCCAAGACUAAGAUGAUUGUAGGUAAGAAGGGAAUUAGUAGUGGAAGUAAGGCCAGACCCAUGUUUGUGCAAUUUGUUCUUGAGCCACUUUGGCAGGUUUAUCAAGCUGCCGUGGAAGAUGAUGGAGACCGGGGGAUGCUUGAGAAAGUUAUAAAGUCUUUCAAUUUGUCUAUACCUCCACGCGAACUUCAAAACAAGGAUCCGAAAUCUGUGCUUCAAUCUGUUAUGAGUCGUUGGCUUCCAUUGUCAGAUACAAUUUUGUCUAUGGUUGUCAAAUAUAUGCCUGAUCCUGUAUCUGCUCAGACUUUCCGUAUAUCUCGGCUGCUUCCAAAGAGAGAACUCUUGGAUAUAGGUGCCGACCCCAAUGUGCUUUCCGAAGCCGAACUUUUCAGGAAAUCUGUGGAGUCCUGUGAUUCUAGCCCUGAUGCACCUUGUGUUGUUUUCGUUUCUAAGAUGUUUGCUAUUCCAUCAAAAAUGCUUUCGCGUGGAGAGAUUAUGGAUGACAACGGAAAUGGUGACUCUGAUGAAUGUUUCCUUGCGUUUGCCCGGAUCUUUAGUGGGGUUCUUCAUGCUGGACAGAAAGUUUUUGUGCUUUCUGCGUUAUAUGAUCCACUAAAGGAAGAAUCACAGCAGAAGCAUGUGCAAGAAGCUGAAUUGCAGUCCUUGUAUAUGAUGAUGGGUCAAGGGUUGAAACCAGUGGCGUCAGCGAAGGCUGGUAAUGUCAUAGCUAUCCGAGGACUUGCCCAGUAUAUAUUGAAGAGUGCGACUCUUUCAUCUACGUUAAAUUGUUGGCCUUUAUCAAGUAUGAUUUUCCAAGUUUCACCCAUGCUUAAAGUUGCAAUUGAACCGUCUGAUCCUGCUGACAUGGGUGCACUUAUUAAAGGUUUGAGGCUUCUAAACAGGGCGGACCCUUUCGUUGAGGUUUCUGUUUCUGCCAGGGGCGAACAUGUUCUUUCUGCAGCUGGUGAGGUGCACCUAGAGAGAUGCAUUAAAGAUUUAAAGGAGAGAUUUGCAAAGAUAAACUUGGAAGUCUCUGCUCCGCUUGUAUCUUUCAAAGAGACCAUCGAAGGAGAUAGUGCUAAUCCCUUAGAAAAUUUGAAGCUAUUGAGCCGCAGCUCUGAUUAUUUGGAGAAAGAAACGCCAAAUGGAAGAUGUGUUGUUAGAGUGCGUGUUAUGAAACUUCCAACUGCAUUGACGAAGCUGCUUGAUGAAAGUUCGGAGUUGCUUGGAGACAUCAUUGGAGGUAAAUCUUUGCAGGAUUGUAAAAGCUCGGAAACUCUCAGAGGUAGCAUCGUAGAAGAUGAGAAUCCAAUUGAAGCACUCAAGAAACGCCUGAUAGAUGCUGUGGAGCGCGACUUUUCUACUGGAUUUGAUGAGACGGAAAAGGAUAGGAUUGAGAAAUGUAAGAAAAUGUGGCAAAAAUUCUUAAGGAGGAUCUGGGCUUUGGGGCCUAGGCAGGUCGGUCCCAACAUUCUCCUCACCCCAGACGUGAAAGGGAAGAGCGAUGAUACUUCUGUUCUUGUAAAGGGUUCCCCUUAUGUAUCUGAAAAAUUGGGCUUUACAGGUGACAAUGAUGACCGCAGUGCAUCACCAGAAUCAUCAACUAGGGUAGAUCAGACCCUUCUACGAGAAGCUGAGAAUCUCGAAAGCAGUAUAUUAUCUGGAUUCCAGUUGGCUACAGCAUCUGGCCCUUUGUGUGAUGAACCGAUGUGGGGUUUGGCGUUUGUUAUUGAAGCUUUCAUAUCUCCAUUAGCUACUCAACCAAAUGAUAGUGACACACCUAUUCCACAGCCAGAACAAUAUGGACUCUUCCCUGGACAGGUUAUGAAUGUCGUUAAGGAGGCCUGCAGGGCUGCUGUUCUCCAAAGAAAACCUCGCAUUGUGGAAGCCAUGUACUUUUGUGAGCUGAACACCCCACACGACCAGUUGGGCAACACUUAUACAGUUCUUAAUCGCAGGCGUGCCCAUGUAGUAAACGAAGAAAUGCAGGAAGGUUCUUCGUUGUUCACUGUGCAUGCUUAUGUGCCAGUUGCAGAAAGCUUUGGAUUCUCCGACGAGUUGAGGAGAAAGACUUCUGGAGCUGCAAGUGCAUUACUCGUUCUUAGCCACUGGGAAGCCCUUCCAGAGGAUCCUUUCUUUGUACCUAGAACCGAGGAGGAGAAAGAAGAAUUUGGAGAUGGUGCCAGUGUACCGCAGAGUGUAGCAAGAAAACUCGUGGAUUCUGUGAGACGAAGGAAAGGUCUUCCGGUAGAGGAAAAAGUAGUACAAUUCGCGACUAAGCAGAGGACUUUGGCUCGCAAGGUGUAGACGCUUAAUGCAUAUUUGGUUGUGUAACAGUUUUAAAUCAACCAACAUUUAUUUUAUACUGUUAUUUAUUAGAAGGAAAGUUUUGUUAGCAUAUACUGUAAUGGCACUAGAAGAGUUUUUUUUGAGUUCUUUUUGUAUGCAAUUUAAUUGACAGAUAUAAACCACUAGACAACUUUCUAUUU